GUCAGUGCCGGGCCUUUUAUUUGAAAACUGCUCACCGGAAGUAUUUAUACCGGCUCGCUCCUCGGAGUCUUUUCCAACCGCUGCGAAAGUUUUAGUGGAAGUUUACCGUUUGUUUCUCCUCCAGGUUUCGUCCGAUGAGCUGAGUUCAGCUCGCGACCCCCGGCCUGAGCGCGAGAUGAGCGGACACACGGUCCCGGUGGACUUCUCGGGACACAUGUUGGACCUGGACGAGGACGAAGACCUGGAGGUUUUCAGCAAGGACGUGUCGCUGGCGGACGGCGCUCCCGUGCCCAACUCCCCCAGCUCCAUGGCCAACCAGUACGGAGCGGAGGAGGAAGAGGAGGAGGGGGAGGAGCAGCAGCAGGAGGGAGGAGCCGACGAAAAAGACAUCUUCAUCACCGUGGACAACCCCGAGAGCCACGUCACCGCCAUCGAGACCUUCAUCAUGUACAGGGUGGAGACCAAGACCACGCGGGGCGAGUUUGACUCCAGUGAGUACGAGGUCCUGCGGCGUUACCAGGACUUUGCGUGGCUCCGUAGUAAACUGGAGGAAGCCCACCCCACCCUCAUCGUGCAGCCGCUGCCGGAGAAGUUUGUGAUGAAGGGCAUGGUGGAGCGCUUCAACCAGGACUUCAUCGAGAGGAGGAGGAGAGCGCUGGAGCGCUUCCUGAGGAAGACCUCGGAGCACCACGUGCUGACGCACAGCCAGAGCCUCAAGGCCUUCCUCACGGCACAGGACCUGCUGCCCCACAAGAAGCAGGGCCCGGGCUUCCUGAGCCGCAUGGGGGACACGGUGCGCGCCGCGGCCCACGCGGUGCGGGGCCUGAAGAGCCGGCCGGAGGAGUUCUGCCUGAUGCAGGACUACGUGGAGGACUUCAGCAACAAGAUCUGCUCCGUGGACAAGGUCACGCAGAGGAUCAUCAAGGAGCAGAGAGAGUACCUGGAGGAGCUGAAGCAGUACAGCCCCGCCUACGCCCAGUGGGCGGAGUCAGAGGAGAAGCUGGCGGGGCCCCUGAACGGCGUGGCCGGCUGCGUGGAGCGCUGCAGCACGGAGUCGGACCGGCAGAUCCAGCACCUGUCCGAGGUCCUGGUCCCGGCGCUGCACGAGUACGUCCUCUACACCGAGACCCUGAAGGCCGUGAUGAGACGCAGAGACAACAUCCAGGCCGAGUUCGAAGCCAAGAACCUGGCGCUGGCUUCCAGGCGCACGGACCAGGAGGCGCUGCAGGAGGAGGUGGACGGUCUGGCGGGCCGCGUGGAGAUGGCCAACAACGCCUUGAGGGGCGACUGGACCCGCUGGCGGAGCGGCAUGAGAGCUGACCUCAGAUCAGCCUUCCUGUCCACCGCCGAGAAGAACGUGGACUACUACGAGCAGUGCCUGGCUGUGUGGGAGUCCUUCCUCCUGUCUCAGAGAGUGGAGCCCAGAGAGCAGCGAGACGGGGAAGACAUCCAAAUAUAGACUGAACCCAAGCCCUCUCUCUCUCUCUCUCUCUCUCUCUCUCUCUCUCUCUCUCUCUCUCUCUCUCUCUCUGGCCAAAGAAGUAGAUCCCAGCCCACCGUUCCAGUGAUGAUCUCUCGUCUCUCAAGCCGACCCAGAUCUCCCCUGUGAGGUGUUUACAGUCCACUGUGUGCCAAAAGAAGAAGAAGAAGCUCUUCUUCGUUAUGCUUUAUCUUUGUAGAAACAGGAUGUGUGUGGAUGACUCAUGUUGUCAAUAUUUCCCUCGUGUUUCGGGCGUGCUGCGUCCAAAAAGCCAAACUAAUAAUAAUAUUAAUAAUCCCAGAAUGCACCAGGGCUCCACUGGUUGGUGGUAACGUCUCAUUCCGUUACUUGUUUGUUUAAAUCAUUUUCUGGACAAACAAAUGCACAUUAAACCCAAAUGUGUGAUGAACUUCA